AUGUCAGAUCCUGCGCGGUAUACUGUGGGCUGGAUUUACGCCUUACCCGUGGAAUACAUUGCCGCACAAGAGUUUCUCGAUGAAGAGCACGACAGACCCAGUUUCGUGUCGCCAAACGAUGCCAACGACUAUACGUUAGGCAAGAUAGGCGAGCACAACGUUGUCAUUGCCGUCUUGCCUGAUGGUGAAUAUGGAACAGCUUCCGCGGCCACUGUAGCGACAAACAUGCUUAAUAGUUUUCACAACAUCAGGAUCGGCCUUAUGGUCGGGAUUGGCGGGGGUGUACCAAGUGAGACCCAUGAUAUUCGUCUAGGCGAUGUUGUGGUCAGUGCACCUCGCGAUGGCGAGAGUGGUAUAUUUCAAUACGAUUUUGGCAAGUCGAUCCAGGACCAAAGUUUUCAGCAUACGCGGUUCUUAAAUCAGCCACCAGCUAUUUUACACGCUGCAAUAGCGGGUAUCCGAGCUCAAUACGAGAGAAAAGGGCAUCAGCUUGAGGAGGCCAUCAACACCAUUUUUGGGAAGAACAUGAGACUUCGUCGGAAGUACAAACGGCUAGAACCAAUCACGGAUAGGCUGUUUCUCCCCGAAGUUAUCCAUCACCAAGCUGACUGUGCUAUGUGUGCGGUUGAUCCUUCCACGUUGGUACUACGAAGCGAGCGGGCUAACGAUAAAGAUAAACCUGCUAUUCACUAUGGCCUGAUUGCUUCUGGCAAUCAGCUGAUGAAGGAUGCUUUGAUUCGAGAUCGGCUUGCUACAGGGAAAGACGUCCUCUGUUUCGAAAUGGAAGCCGCGGGGCUGAUAAAUACUUUUCCAUGUCUGGUCAUCAGGGGUAUCUGCGAUUACUCGGAUUCACAUAAGAACAAACAGUGGUAA